GAAUGGUGAAUUACAGUAGGGCCGAAAUUACUUUUAGUGAGAUGGCGGCUGCUAACGUCAUUUUGAGGAUGGCGGAAGAGGAUGCAUCGACAUUCCAUGCUUUUGUGCCGGAUAGGAAGAGGAUCAGAAAGGGGAUGAUUUUUGAAUGGGACCAGGCCAAGGAGAGUAUACACUGAAGAGAAUUAAGAAGAAAACGAUUCGAAAUGAGGAGGUGGAAUGGGUGGAAGGAGCAGCUAUAAGGAUUGAAUUUAAAGGGGAUCGGUUGCCCACUGAGUUACUGUUAGGGGAGGGACAUAUAGGGUUGAAAAUACACCCUUAUAUUGAAAAGGUUAAGCAGUGUUAUAAUUGCUAUGCGUUCGGGCACUUCCAGAAUCAGUGUAAGAUGCUGGAAAAAAGAUGCCUGGUGUGUUUGAGUAAGGAGCAUGGGAGAUGUGACAAAUCCCCGAAGUGUUUAAAUUGUGGUGGGGCGCACACCAGCUUGGCCAGAACAUGCUGGAUGUACCAGAGGGAGAGGGCGGUGAAAAAGGUGAUGGCAUAUAAAAAUGUCGAUUACGUGACCGCCAGACAAACGGUGGCUAGACAGCUGGGAGAGGUAUGGAAUGAAGAGGAAAUGAGGAGGGACGCAGGGAGUAGAGACUUCCCAUCACUACCAAAGAGUAGAGUGGAUUGCUGGGAGAGGAAGGAAGUUCCGCUGGAAGCGGAGCUGGCUUCUAUCAAAGAAUCAAGGGAAGAAGUAGACCCGACUAUAAUGGAAAAAAGAAGAUGGGAAACUACCCUGAACAAUAUGAGAAUAAACAUGCUGAGUGGUAGGGGAAAAGGGAGAGGAAGAGGAAGGUUGUCGGAAGCGGACAGGGUAGAGACCCGUAGACCUUCGUCAUCAGGUGAAUUUUCUAGAGCCUCUCCAAGAACAGCUCCGGCGGCCGAGGCAGGGUUCAUAUCGGUGAACAGAUAUGGUGGCCUCCAAGAAGAAAAAGAGGAUGUCGAGGAGGUGGUAGAAGAAGAGUACACUUUUGGGAACGGGCUGCCUGUGGAGAGAGCAGUCAAGAAGAGUAGCAGAAUGAAGGAACGUGCCAAUAGAGAGUUGGUGGAAAAACUCAGAAAGAAGAGGGAGGACGAGUUCCUAAACGACUUAUUGAACUUGAUAAUAGAAAAGGGGUACGAAGAUGAAAUGGAAGCUAUGUUAAUUAAUAAUAAAAAAAGUAAGAAUACCAGAUCAGAAGAGGAAGAAUUUGCGUACUGGAAUACCAUCCAGCACAGGCCGCACUGGGAGGUGCCAAUCCCUGAGAAAACAAAAGAGAAGUUUAGGAGGAAAAGGGAAAGGGCACAACAGUUAGAGGAGGCAAGGAUUGCGCAACAGGAAAAACUGGAGGAGAUAGCCAUACAAGUGAGACAGAAGGUGGCAAGGGAGGUUGAAGAGGAGUUCCAUCAGGAGGAAGAGUAUAGGAGAAGCAGAAUUGAAGAUCCCAUGCAGAGAAUUGAAGGAAGAGUAAGGGGCGGAAGGGGGGAUAACAACUAUGUGGGAUAAUCUUGAAGGGAGUGACUU